CCCCUUCUCUCUCCACGUCAGAGGGAGCUGGAGGAGCGGCGAACAUGGCGGAGCGCAGGAGGCACAAGAAGCGGAUCCAGGAAGUUGGUGAACCAUCCAAAGAAGAAAAGGCAGUGGCUAAAUAUCUCCGCUUCAACUGUCCCACAAAAUCUACAAAUAUGAUGGGCCACCGAGUUGAUUAUUUUAUUGCUUCAAAAGCAGUAGAUUGCCUUUUGGACUCCAAAUGGGCAAAGGCGAAGAAAGGAGAAGAAGCUUUGUUUACAACCCGAGAGUCUGUUGUUGACUACUGUAAUAGGCUUUUAAAGAAACAGUUCUUUCACCGAGCACUAAAAGUGAUGAAAGUGAAACUUGACAAAGAUACGAAGAAAGAAAAAGAGAAAGAGAAAGGAAAGGUUGAAAGUGGAAAGGAGGAAGAGAAAAGGAGCAAAAAAGACAGUCUAAAGGAUGAAAAGGCUAAGAAGGAACGAGAGAAAAAAAGAGAUGGUGAAAAGGAAGAGUCAAAAAAGGAAGAAACACCAGGAACACCCAAAAAGAAAGAAGCCAAGAAAAAAUUCAAGCUUGAACCACAUGAAGAUCAAGUGUUCCUGGAUGGAAAUGAGGUGUAUGUAUGGAUCUAUGACCCUGUCCAUUUUAAAACAUUUGCCAUGGGACUAAUUCUUGUGAUCGCUGUGAUUGCAGCCACACUUUUCCCUCUGUGGCCAGCGGAGAUGCGUGUAGGGGUUUAUUACCUCAGCGUCGGGGCAGGCUGCUUCGUGGCCAGCAUCCUCCUGCUUGCCAUCGCUCGCUGCAUACUGUUCCUUAUCAUUUGGCUCAUUACUGGAGGAAGACACCAUUUCUGGUUCCUGCCAAAUCUGACCGCUGACGUGGGCUUCAUUGACUCCUUCAGGCCUCUCUACACACACGAAUACAAAGGACCAAAAGCAGACUCGAAGAAAGAUGAGAAAUCGGAGGCCAAAAAACAACAGAAAUCGGACAGUGAGGAAAAAUCAGACAGUGAGAAAAAGGAAGAGGAUGAUGGGAAAAUAGGAACUCCAGGAAAUAAUGGAGCAGAGGGUUCAGGUGGAGAGCGGCAUUCAGACACAGACAGUGACAGGCGGGAGGAUGACCGAUCCCAGCACAGUAGUGGAAAUGGGAACGAUUUUGAAAUGAUUACAAAAGAGGAACUUGAACAGCAAACAGAUGGAGAUUGUGAAGAAGAGGAGGAAGAAGAGGGGGAUGAUGAAGAAGAAGAAACAACUAGACUUUCAUCUGAAAAAUCAUAAACGUACUCUCUUUGGGGACUGAGUGUGUGCAAGUGGUUGGAUUUUCUAUGUUGGCUGAUCACCAAAACAUACGUAUAGUGUUUGGAGUAGUCUUUAAAUCAGUUUGCUGAGACAGUUGAUGUCCAGGCAGUUCUGUUCAGUUUUUAUUUUAUAGACUACUAACUUUUUUGGUACAAUCUUAAGUCACUAAUACACACAUUUAUCAAUUUUAUCCAUUUAACAAAUAUUCUGGCAGUAAGUAGCUUUUAUUCCUUUUUGAUAGUUGUCAGAGAUAUAGUUUCCUCAGUGGUAUUUAGAAUAAUGGCAUUUCUUGAGCGCUGUAGAGCUUCUUACUGUUAGACGUGGCAGAAGAGAUGAAAGUGAAAGACCCAAAUUUCAGUUCUGUAGUUAUUUAUGAAUUACUUUAGAAUGAAAUGAACACAUAACUCAUGACUCUUGAAACGUAAGCUCUAUUUCUUAAUUUUCACAAAAUUGUACCAGAGGAUUUCUUUAGGAUUCAGAGUUAGCAGUUAUUGCUUAAACUAGGCCAGUCAGGAAUGAUGCAACAUGAUUUAGUUUAGCUCCCAAUUCUUUCCUUUAACUCCCGGCUUAGGAAAUCCAAACUUCAUUUGUACAUUGGGUUCAGAGAGGAGUGGUUUUCUCCAGCAGAGCCUGAAAAAUGGCAGCUGCUCUUCCCUUCCCAUCCAUCCCCCCAUCACAACAUGAGAAAGCGUUCUGUACAUAAUUUACAAAUAAAACAAACCUUUUAUUUUAA